AUGGAAUCUCAGUACCGCCACUUUGGAGAAUCUGAUGGCAGAGAGUCUAAUAUCUCCACACAGACAGGAAUAAAAAGAUUAGUGCCUUACAUCCUUUACAGCAUCCUGGRGCUGCUGCUGCUGGUUCUGCUGCUGAAAGCAGAGGAGCUGUGCAGGUCACACACAGGACACCUGCUGGUUCUCAACAACGUGGAGGAACUGGAUUUCAUUUCGAGAAUAGUCAWAAUCACAUACUCUUACUGGAUUGGACUCGUGGAGCGACAGCAGGAGGGCCACUGGAGCUGGGUGGACGGAACUGACUUUAAAUCAACCCCAAAAUUCUGGGACGUAGGUCAACCAGAUGACUGGGACCUGAGAGAGAGCGGAGAGGACUGCGGGCAGCUUCACGAAUCUACCAGACGCAAGCGCAAGGUGUGGAACGAUGCCGACUGUAGCCUGGAGUACAGGUACAUCUGUGAAGCCCAGGCCUGAAAGA